AUGGCCGGUGUCCUGAGCAAGCGCCAGCAGGCGCGUAACGAAAAGGUCCUUCACGAUCUGGUCCAGUCCGUACCGGGGAACAACUUGUGCGCCGACUGCCAGGCGCGGAACCCAGCAUGGGCCUCUUGGAGUCUAGGCGUGUUCCUUUGCAUGAGAUGUGCCGCUAUCCAUCGAAAGUUGGGAACGCAUAUCUCAAAGGUGAAAUCCUUGAGCAUGGACAGCUGGUCUAAUGAACAAGUGGAGAAUAUGAAAAAGGUCGGAAACGUCAGGUCCAAUCAGAUUUACAACCCCGAUAACAAGAGACCUCCCGUUCCUGUCGAUGCCGACGAAGCUGAUUCCGCGAUGGAACGAUUCAUCCGCACCAAAUACAUGAACAACAUCCCCAUCCCCACGAGGAAGCAACAUUCGGGCCUUUCAGAUGAAGGCGUUCCUCCGCCGCUACCACCAAAGUCGGGAGGCAAGUUUGGGUUCAGAUCAGCCUCGUCAAUCUUCCCGCUAUCGUCUCGGUUGAGAAAGGAUUCGUCAUUGCGUAACACCGUGUCGAGUCCCCGCGAGCCGCGAAGUCCCUCGCCCAGCGAUUUGCCGAAUAAGCCCUCCAAGGUGUUUGGCGCGAGCGUGUCGUACGAGCAGGAAGAUACAGAGAGGAAAUUGACCAGUCUGAGGGACAUGGGAUUUUCUGACGGCCAGCGCAACGCUAUGGUGUUGAAGGGCGUGAACGGAAACCUGGAGCGCGCGAUUGAGACACUGGUGCGGUUAGGCGAGAGCGAUAGACGGUCACCUUCUUUGACAGGGCCUCGCGAGAGCUCUCUGCGCGCGACACGCUCGCACGCGAACCUGUCAACGUCUAGUGGAUUAUCUGCACCGCAUCAGACGUUCAGUGACCACCCCCAGUCGCCCUCGACAGCCUCUAGCAACAACCCCUUUGACAUGCUGCCGCCGCAGCCGCAAUCUUCCCAAUCGACCGGCACGCUCCAGAAUAAAAACCCUUACGCGAACAACCCGUUCGGAGCUCCCACGCAACAGCAGCAAGAUAUUGCCCAGGCUUUCGGCAGCAUGUCCCUCGCGCCAGCGCAACCCCUGUUCCCGCACCACACGGGCGGAUUGCCGGCUUCCCAGCCAUUUGCUCAGCCUCAGCAAAUAUACCAGCAGUCCAUGACGCCUCCCAUUCCGCAGCAGCAUCAGCAGCAAAACUACAACCCCAUGAGCUUUAAUAGUAAUAUGACAUAUCCCCAACCCAUCCAGCCGCAGGCAACGGGCUACAACCCAUUCCUCACGAACCAGGCGCAGCCUCAGCAGCAACAAAACCUUGCAGUCAACACAGGGCCAUCGUCAAGCCCAUAUGCGAACAAUCCGUUCACUCGAUCUCCGACAAGAAUCCAGUCGCCUUCGCUAGGCCAGAUACCCGAGCAGUCGCAAUCGAACUUUUACAUGGACUCUCCGCAGACGAUGACACCACAGAGCAGCAACCCCUUCUUUGCACAACUGGGCUCGCAACCUACGGGGCAACAGCAGGUACCACAGCAGCAGCAGCAGAUGUACCAGCAACCAUUCCAGCAAGAGCAGCAGGCGUUUGGGCAGCAGCAACAGAACCCCUAUCAGCAGCAGCAUCAAAACGCUUUCCAGCAACCGGUUCAACAGCCGUUCCAGCAGCAGCAGCAGCAGCCGCACCACCCGUUUCAGCAACAGGACAUCCCGCAGCAACAAUAUCAGGUUCCAGCGCCACAGGCUCCGUAUCAACAGCAGCCCCAGUACCCUCAGCAACCUCAACGGCCCGACAAGGCUUCGAUUCUGGCACUGUACAGCCAACCGCAGCUAGCACCUCAGGCUUUUGCACCCCAGACCCAGGCGCAGACGCCAGAGGUACACCCCGAGGUCGCAGCACCUCAGCAGCAGAGCCAAGACGCAGCGGGCGGAUCCAUGGGAGCAGGGAGCAAGAACCCCUUUUUGAUGAAUGGCGGCGGUGGUGGUGGAGGCAUGUCAUCGCCGCCGCCACCACAGCAGGCGAUGGCGGCCCCCUCAGCGAAUGCUGUCGGGCCGCGCAAGGCGGGUGUCAGUCGCGAGAGCAUGGCAUUUACGGAUAUGCAGUGGACAAACGGGAGGCACAGCCCAGAUGCGUUUGCCAGUCUAAGCGCGCGGCACAUGUGA